AUGUUUUUAGUUAGAAAUCAUAAUUUUACAUCAUCAACUAUUAAUAAUAUUUGUUUAAAAAAUAAAAUUUUUGGUGAAUCUUUAACAUCUUUAUCAUCAUUAAAAUUUUAUUCAAAAUCUAUAAGAGAAGAAGGAUCAGUUGAAAGAGAAUGGUGGAAACCAACAGAUAAUCUAUCAGAGGCAUUAGAGAAAUCUAAAGAACAAAAGAAACCAUUAUUUGUUUUUUUAGAAGGUCCAAGUGGUAGUGGAAAACAACAACUUUUAGAAAGAUUUUCAAAUAUUGGUUAUAAAACUAUUCAAAAUUCAUUUUUUAAACAUUCAUUAUCAUCACCACCCACAUCAUCAUUUGAUAAUACAUUAAAUCAAUCAAUUGAAUUAAUUAAAAAUAAUAAUAAUAAUAAUAAUCAAGAUGAAAUUAAAAAUAAUAUUAUAUUUAUUCAUAGAUCUCCAAUUAGUUCAAUUAUAUAUAAUAAUAUUAUUAAUAAUAAUAAUGAUAAUGAAAAAUUAAUUAAAGAAAUCAAAAAAAUUAUUGAAAUUAAUAAUGAAAAUUAUAAUAGUGUUUAUAUUUAUUGUAAAACACCAGUUGAAUUAAUUGAACAAAGAUUAGGUGGAAGAUACCAUUUCUAUGAAGAUAACGAAACUGAAUUAUUAGAGAAAUUAAAUAUUAAAUCACAUCAAGAACCAUCCUAUGAAAUUUAUAAUCUUUUAGAAAAAGAAUCCAUUUUUAAUCAAACUUUAGAUACAACUUCAAUUAAACAAGCUUGUCCAGGUUUAUUAGCUAAUUUUAAUAUUUUUUUCAGUUUUCAAUUUCCCACCAAGAAAUAA